AUGGCCCACUGCUUGAAGGCUGAAGGGGUGACGCUGACCCCUACAUUGGUCGACCGCCUUGGCCUGGACCACCCACUCUCCAUGGCGCUGGCCACUGAGCGCUCAGUCGCCCACCUCACAGGCAAUGCUGGCGAGAAACCGCAGUCCCUCCUGGUGCGAUUGAAGAAUUGGUUCAUCUACGCGCCACCCACCCGAAGAUCGGUACCGAAACGAUCUUGUGCAGCAGGGUGCCUGGGUGGCGUUGGGCGAAGGGUUGCCAACAAGGUAUCUCGGAGGAGUGGCGUGUCCGUGCGUCGUGACCACAUUGACCCUUGA